UACCAUAUUAAAGCUCAACAAAUUCCUCUCUUCUACAGAGCAUUGCAUUGCAUCUACUGUAGUGAAGGAAGGAAGGUAAUGGAUCAUCAACAGGAGCAGGAUUCUCCAACAUUUAACAGUAAAUCGCUCGAGAAGAAGCCAGGAAUUCUCAUUCUUGGAUCUCCCAAUGUCGGCAAACGUGCCCUUAUCGCUCGACUACUUUCAGUAGAUUCUGAAGAUUCCUUCGAAUCAUCUUCUAACAUCCUAUCCUAUCCGUGGACAAUCAACACCAAGUAUUAUAAUGCUGAUGUUUCUGUUUGGAUGGCCCAUCUUCAUGAGGACUUUUCCAUUGGAGCUCUGCCAGCAUAUGAUCAGCUUGUUGCAUUGGUGAUGGUCUUUGACGUUACUGAUCUCUCAUCUUUUGUUACACUUAAAGAUUUUGUCUCCCGCACUGACAUCCUUAAGUUUGAGAUUUUGUUAUGCAUUGGCAACAAAGUGGACCUUCUUCCUGGUCAUUCUGCUCAUGUUGAAUACAGACGGCGCCUGUUGAAAAGUGCAGACUCCUCUGGUAGCCCUUAUACAGAAAUGGAUUCUGGAAUUUCUGAAACAGAAGGAAGCAGUCUACUAGGAGAUGAUGAUGAUUCAUUUGAUACUAAAAGGUCCUACUUGGAAUGGUGCCUCGAACACAGCAUAGAAUAUGUUGAAGCCUGUGCAUCAAAUGCUGAAUUUGACAAAUGUCUUUCUGUGGAUGGUGAUUCUCAGGGCGCUGAACGGCUCUUUGGGGCACUUUCAGCUUAUAUGUGGCCUGGAAUGAUCUUGAAGUCUGGUGAUAAGAUUACUGAACCUUCAUUACCUGAACAUCAAGAGUUGUCAGAUGAAGAAUCUGAUUAUGAACUUGAAUAUGAAAUCUUAUCUGCUGGCUCGGCUGAUCCCUGGGAUGACACAGAUAUAGGAUGGGUAUCUGCAGAUGCUCCCGUUGCAACCACUGGAACCGAGGGAUCAGUUCCCAAUGGAAAGAGUGAAAUCGGGUUAAUUAGAGGAGAAAUGCAACCCUCAUCUUCUACAUCUCAAUUGGAAGGAGAAAGUGACAGAAAAGAACUGCCCAGAGCAGAUGCAGCUGAUGGUGAUUCAGAGGAUGAUAAAGGCACAACAUAUGAUUUUGAGAAUUUGGAACAGUUAAUGUCCGAGAUUGGGAAUGUUCGAGACAGCUUAAGGUUAAUGCCAGACUUCCAAAGGAGGGAAAUGGCUGCAAAUUUGGCAAUGAAAAUGGCUGCCAUGUUUGGUGAUAGCAGUGGAGAUGAAGGAGGAUUGGAAUGAUAGGAGAAACCCUUUAAAGUUGACUGAUCACGAAUGCCUCAGUUUCACUUCUUGUAGAGCUGUUCAUAGACUAAAGGAAUCUCAUAAGCACAUUGUGCAUUCAUGUCAAGUGAUAUCGACAAGAUAUUUUAUCAAAGAUAUCUGCUAUAAAAUUUACGGAUCUAAUUGUGUUUAUGAUGCAAACGCAGCAGUAUUUACAAGUCCUAACAGGUGAUUGGAGAUGGUAGAAAUGAUUUUAGAAGCGAUUUUAUGUGAUGCUAGCUAGAGUAAUAUAUUAUGUUAUGAGAAUCAGUUAUUGCUAUAUUUCUUAAACUUCUGGUUAUGUUAAGACUUAUGAGAAUCAGGUGUAUUCUCUUGUUGAUACACCCAACAGCAAACACAGCAGUUCUGGCUUCUGAGGCUGGUGGUACUUUCAAGUCCACUAUUUCUUUCACAUCUGUAGAUGGCUUGGCACAUUUCAAGAAUGGUACUCGCAGAAAGGUUUGGCCUUGAGGGACACGAUCUUCUGAUGCAAGAACCAGGUACUAUGCUGCUUCUUGUCUUAACUUAAGUUUUCCAUGCCCGGUAUUUAUACAAACUCAUGAGUACUUAACAAUUGCUAGAUAGUACACAUUGGAAUUAUCAGACUAAUCAGGUAAACUAGUGUAGUUUGUGUAAAACAUCGAGUGUAGGUAAGUUUUUCCGUGGUCUCUGGUGUUGUGUAGAGGCAAAACAAAAACCAGGAUUAUGAAUAGGAUAUGCGUCACUCAUUUCUAUCUUGCACGUUGCUAUAAAUACGUAAUUUCUGCAACAGUUUUUUUGGUUUGGAAGCUGUGAAACUGCCACUAGUGGAUGAAGGUUUAGAAGUGAUAAGGAAGCCAUGAAAAGAAGCUUUAGUGCAGGUCUUAUUCACCCAGAUAUAGGAGGUCAUAGGGUGGAACUGAUAUAUCUUCACUUUUUCCAUCUUAUCUCCUAACCCCUUUUUACACAUGGAAUGUCUUCUGCUUGUUCUAGUGGUUACUUUGCAAUAUUAGGAGUGUCAAACUACCCGGUAGGGCUGAAUUUGGGCGGGUUAAAAUAGAUAGAGUUAAUGACCUGCCCUAAAGUUACUUCGGCUUGAAAUGAGCUAAACAAUGGGUUAUAGCUCAAUAGCUCAACCCCAUUCAAUUCUUACUGAAUUUUUAUUAAUUUGUUCAAGUAAAAUGGCCACUUUGUGCA